AUGACUAUCAAAAGCUUUUACCUCGUUGGGCAGGACAAGAAUGUCUUUCGCCAGGACAUUCACAUCGAUCAGUAUCACGACUUCGAGGCGCUACAAGUUGCUGUAGCCGAGCAGUACAACAUUAUCCAAUCUACUGGCAUCGCGCUGCAAGAUUCCAAGGGAGAUGACCUGCCAGACUUGGACGCUGUAUUAGAUUGCGAGGAGGAAAUUGGCAUCACUGUUGACGGUCAAGCCAUUCGGGAUCCCGCAGGCCCUGAAGGUCUUCCUUUCGUUGGAAGUUACUACGAGGUCUUUCCAGAUCAUCUCGGGAACCAUGCACGUCUUUUCCAGAAGUAUGGAUCAUUAAUCAAGUACGAAACGAUGGGCAAGCAAAAUUACUUGACAAACGACCCAGCUAUCUCUACCGUGGCUUUCCAAGAAUCGGCGUUCUUUAGCAAGCUUAUCACUCCUGAGCAUCCCUUGGCCGGUAUCAAGGACAACAGAGCGUUGUUCAUCUGCGAUACUGAUACCGAUGCAUGGAGGCAAGCGCACAAGUUCAUCCCGCCUUCCAUGGCACCGAAGGCUAUCAGACAUUACACACCUCUUAUGGAGGCCUCGGUGAAAGACUCAUUCAAAGUUUUCGACAAGCUUGAUGAGGAGGGUGAAGCCUGGAAUGUGUAUCAGUAUAUGUUGAAGCUCGCGUCUCAGACUGUCUUCAAGUUUGCCCUAGGAUACGACGCUCAUCAUUUUGAUCACCCAGACGCGCCGUUGAGUGAAUUGGUCAUCUUGAUCGCUCAAUCGCUCUCCUUAAACAAGAAGGUUGCGUCCCGAGGCGCCUGGUACGCAAAGCUGAGCGCGAUUCCUUUCACAGCUGCGUAUGACCUGGACAAGAUCCGAUACAGGUUAUGGACCAUCCUGAACCAAGCAAUCGACCAAGCACCAAAAGGAAGCAGCGAAGACGACCUACCCCUACAAACAGCAGCUCUAGGAGCCAGCUGUGUAGUCGACUACCUCAAACGCGCCACCGAUGAUAAUGGCAACAAGCUCCCCCGUGAACUGGUCAUCCCCAAUAUGCUGCCCAUCGCCGGUGCCGGCUUCACCACCACCUCAUCCCUUCUAUCAUGGCUCCUCUACUCCCUGUGCGUAUACGAAGGCAACCAAGACCGCCUCCUGCAGGAACUCGUCGACGCUGGCGUUAACGAGAACACCAAAUGGACCCCCGAGCUCUCCGAUGGCCUCACCUUCCUCGACAAAUUUGUCAAGGAAACUCAACGCUUGCACAACCCUUCUUUCCAACCUGGACGUACUGCGAAGGUUGAUUGUAUCGUUCCAGGCGGCUACAAACUCCCCGCCGGAUCAGUGGUGAUUUGCGCCCUACACGCUAUCCACAACAACCCACAGAUCUGGUCGAACCCCGACCGUUUCGACCCCGAUCGCUGGGGCACAGAGGAAGUUUCCAACCGACCGAAGAACUCUUACAUGCCUUUCGCAACGGGCCCACGUAGCUGUAUCGGUUUCAACUUUGCCCUCGGAGAAGUCAAGGUGCUGUUACCGGAGUUGGUGUACAGAUACGAGUUCUUCAAAGAGGGUGAGGAGGCGGUGAGUUACGACCCGGAGUUCCAGCUUAUCAGACCUAUGAACUUCUACGUGAGAGCGAAGAGAAGGACAAGCUAUCCUAAGCCGAGUCCGGGGGCGAAGAAGAUUGCGGUUGAGUAUGCGGAGGGAGAGGAGAAGCCUCCAAUUUAG